GGAGGCUUUAGGGCGGCCUGGAAGCCUGCGCAACCUGGCCGAAGAGUGGGCUGGGGGCUGAGCAAUGGUCAGGGAGCGCGCCUGAUAUGCUGCUGGGGUCGUGACCGCCUUUGGACCGAGGCUGGACCUGGCCGGACCCAGCCAGGAGGCCUCGGCUUCGUGGGGCCUAAUCGCCAGUGGUCACAUAGGCCUCACCAAAGGCUCCUCUGUGCAGCCCCCGCAGGUCCUGUCCUGUUUCUUUGGCCGGGCAAUGGCCUCCCCUAGCCCCCCACCCGAGCCCAAGGGUUUGCUGACAUUUGAGGAUGUGGCUGUGUUUUUUACCCAGGAGGAGUGGGAUUAUCUGGAUGCAGCUCAGAGAAGCCUUUAUAAGGAUGUCAUGAUGGAGAAUUUUGGGAACCUGGUGUCACUGGAUGUAUUGGGCAAAGGUAAGGAUGAGGAGCCAAUUGUGAAACAGGAAAUUGAAGAUAUUGAAGAAGUAGAACCACAGAGUGUAAUUGUUACAAGAAUCAAGAGUGAAAUUGACCAGGAUCCCAUGAAUAGAGAAACAUUUGAACUUGUUGGUCGGUUAGAUAAACAGAGAGGAAUCUUCUUAUGGGAAAUACCAAGGGAAUCUUUGACCCAGGAACAAAGAAUAUUCAGAGGAAAUACUAAUAUAAUCCAUAAGAGACCAAACUCAGAAGAAAAAUGCCAUAAAUGUGAAGAGUGUGGAAAGGGUUUUGUCCGCAAAGCCCAUUUCAUUCAACAUCAAAGAGUUCAUACUGGUGAGAAACCUUUUCAGUGCAAUGAAUGUGGGAAAAGUUUUAGUCGAAGUUCAUUUGUUAUCGAACAUCAAAGAAUUCACACUGGGGAAAGGCCCUAUGAAUGUAACUACUGUGGAAAAACCUUUAGUGUGAGCUCAACACUUAUUAGACAUCAGAGAAUCCACACGGGAGAGAGACCUUAUCAGUGUAAUCAGUGUAAACAGAGUUUCAGCCAGAGAAGGAGCCUUGUUAAACAUCAAAGGAUACAUACAGGGGAGAAGCCCCACAAGUGUGCUGACUGUGGGAAAGCCUUCAGUUGGAAGUCACAUCUUAUUGAACACCAGAGAACCCACACUGGUGAGAAACCCUAUCACUGUACCAAAUGUAAGAAAAGCUUCAGUCGAAAUUCAUUGCUUGUUGAACAUCAGAGAAUUCACACUGGGGAAAGGCCUCACAAAUGUGGUGAAUGUGGGAAAGCCUUUAGACUAAGCACAUAUCUCAUACAACACCAGAAAAUUCACACUGGUGAGAAGCCUUUUCUUUGUAUUGAAUGUGGAAAAAGCUUCAGUCGGAGUUCAUUCCUUAUUGAACAUCAGAGGAUCCAUACAGGUGAAAGACCUUAUCAGUGCAAAGAGUGUGGAAAAAGCUUUAGUCAGCUCUGCAACCUUACUCGUCAUCAGAGAAUUCACACAGGAGACAAACCCCAUAAAUGUGAGGAGUGUGGAAAAGCCUUUAGUAGGAGUUCAGGCCUUAUUCAGCAUCAGAGAAUUCAUACCAGAGAAAAAACUUAUCCAUACAAUGAAACUAAGGAGACUUUUGAUCCAAAUUGCAGCCUUGUAAUACAGCAGGACAUCUACCCUAAGGAGAAAUCUUACAAAUGUCAAGAGUGUGGAAAGACUUUUAGUGUUAGUGCUCAUCUUGUACAACAUCAAAGAAUCCACACUGGGGAAAAGCCUUACCUAUGUACCGUAUGUGGGAAAAGCUUCAGCAGGAGCUCGUUUCUCAUUGAACACCAGAGAAUCCACACUGGGGAGCGACCUUACCUGUGCAGACAGUGUGGCAAAAGUUUCAGUCAGCUUUGUAAUCUUAUUCGACAUCAGGGUGUCCACACGGGGAAUAAACCCCAUAAAUGUGAUGAAUGUGGGAAAGCCUUUAGUCGGAACUCAGGUCUAAUUCAGCAUCAAAGAAUACACACUGGUGAGAAACCAUAUAAGUGUGAGAAGUGCGACAAAAGUUUCAGUCAACAGCGCAGCCUUGUCAACCAUCAGAAGAUCCAUGCAGAAAUAAAAAUCCAAGAAACCCAUGAAUGUGAUGCUUGUGGUGAAGCCUUCAACUGCCACAUUUCUCUUAUUCAGCAUCAAAAAUUGCAUUCAGCAUGGAUAUAGUAAAUGUAAAAAAAGGUUAACGCUCAAUUUGAUUUGAGACUAGAGAUUCAAGUGCAGUUUCUCAAUUCAAUAUGAGUCAAAUCUAAUAAAUCAAAUUUUCUUUGUCAUUAGGUUAUAGUGUCUAAAUGCCUAUGGGCAGUUGCAGACUUCCAUUGCUUUUUGUUUUGAUUGUCACAGAGAAAGACUUAGAUAUUAAAGAACCUAAUGAAAUUUUUAACAGAAAGGUUAAACCUAGGUUCAGAUUACUCAGAGUGAAGAAAGGCAUUUGGGACAAAGUUGAAUUGGAAUGAUGGAGCUGGAAGCAGAUGAUGUUAGGAAACAGUAAUGAUUGAAUGAUCCCUCAGCCAUAAUCAUUGACAGGUCCUGCAAGCCCCGUGACAUAUUUAACUAAGCAUGCCCAAGUCUAGUGGUUAAAUAGAGGGGGAAAGCCUAGAUAUGUUAUUUGAAACUGAUAUCCAAAAUUAUGGGUAAGAAAACCAGUUAUUUGGGAUGUGAAUGAAAAGCGGUUCCAAUGCCUUGUAGUUUCCUUAUACCUCUCAGAUGAAUGGACCAUUAGUUUUACAUGUGCAGAUUAUGUGAGUAAGAAACAGCGAAGAUAUUACCAAGAAAUCUUUGGGAGUGCCUUUUUAUGCAAGAUCACCUGUAAAGGUGGAGGUAGACACCUUUUUAUAUCUUCCACAUGUGGAAGGUAUUUUUAGUCCUAUAAGAGUAAUCUUAACACUACUGAGGGCAUGUAACAACAGUGUACAGAUUCUGAUCACCAAGGAUUGCAAAUAAGCCUGGAGUCUAUAGGAACCUGAGUUGUUUUUGUUUUGCUUUGGUUAUAGUAACUAGAUUUUGCAUGCAGUUUUAAAGUCCUGGUUUCUGGUUCUUGGUCUUAUUUAAAAGUUACUGCAAACUGAUUGAUACAUCUGUGUUUUUAUCAUUAAAACUUACUGGGUUUU